AUGGGCACGGCCACGCUCGGCCCGCGGUCCUCUUGCGAGAAACGCGCGGACGACGGGACGACGGACCAGUCCUCGCAGGGCGCCGCCCCGCAGCCCGCGCAGGCGCCCCUCUACUUCCGCGUCACGGAGGACUCUGAACAAGUCCCAUCGCUCCCCGCAGCUCUCAAGGAUCUAGCGGCGCCGGAAAUCACGCGCAUGGUCCGUCACCUCCCCCGAAUGCUCUUCCGCCCCAAGGCCUUCUUGGUUUCGUGGAACGGCGUGCUCACGCUGGCCUUCGAAGGCAUCCCCGCGGCGCUCCUCGCCUUCAAGGACCACCUCGAGCGCCUCGUCCCGAACCUCAUUGCGGAAAACCCGGGUUCCCAAUGGCCCAAGGUAUCUCUAGGGUGUCUGUCGGGCGGUCCGCUCACGCGCGCCGAGCUCGACACGCUCUCCCGCGUGUGCGACGACGCGAGCCGCGGGCUCGCGGACCUCGAGCGCGCCGACGACACCGGCACCGGCGGCGGCAUCGUCAUGGACACGCUCAGUCUUGUUGUGUUCGGUGCGCGCUCGCUGGAGCGGCCGGGCGUGCUCGCGGAGCUGGAGGUGGCGUGCAGCGGGAAGGAGUGCUGGGAGCGGCCGGGGAUGGAGGCGUGCGCGAAGGUCGAGCGGGUCGUCGCGGAGACGAGGGGGGAGGAGUAUUGGCGGCGGGCGUGUGCGGACGGGAACAGAGAGGGGCACUACCGCGGGGCGUGCUACGGCGCGACGCUGGUGCACCGGCUCGGGUGGGGCGAGGAGCGCGGGCGGAACGUCCUCGCGCGCGCGGUGGGGGCAUUCCGGGACGCAGUUGACUCAGCACUGGGGGAGGGGAGGUAUGUGUGGUUUGCACCAGAGUCUCUGCACGUGACGGUGCGGGGGCUCCGGAACUACACGGAGGGAGCGCCGGACCUGUCGCGGUAG